ACCAAGCUUGGCGAGGAAGCUGUACACGGAGUGGAGAAGGAUAGUCGAAACCUGCCAAGUUUGGAAUUCUCGCCAUCAUCAUCUCCCUUCUUCUCUUUAGAUCCAUUGUGGGAUGAGCAGCUUCUUUCUAACCCUGAUGAUUUCUCUCCAUUCAACUCAAAUGACUCUGAAGAGAUCACACUUCCAUCUAAUGUUCCCUGCACCGAAGACAAAGCGUUUACAAUUACUUCUCAUUUUCCACCAAACAAAGCCAAAAACUUAUCGAAACCUAUUUCCUCGAAUGAGAUCAAGGAACUAGAAGCCACUCCCAGUGCUAAAGAAGAAAAUCCCACAAGGAAAAAAACCUAUAGAGGGGUCAGAAAGAGGCCGUGGGGAAAAUAUGCAGCAGAAAUAAGAGAUUCCACGAGAAAUGGAGUGCGAGUUUGGCUAGGCACAUUUGAUACUGCUGAAGCAGCUGCUUUAGCUUAUGACCAAGCUGCAUUAUCCUUACAGGGCACUAAGGCUGUCCUCAAUUUUCCAGUUGAGCAAGUGAGCAAAUCACUAAAAGAAAUAAAGUGCGAUUUUGAAGAUCACUGUCGCUCCCCAGCCGAGGCGCUGAAGAAGACUCAUUCCAAAAGAAAGGCAACCAGCGGUAAAAGGAAAGGGAAAGGGUUAGCUACCAAAGACGUGGUGGUGUUCGAGGAUCUAGGAGCUGAAUACUUGGAAGAACUUUUAAGCUCUUGUGAGAGAGGUAUUCCUCUGUGA